GUGGGGGUGGGCGGCCGGGGGCGAGGCCGCGGCGAGCGGCGCGGGUGCGGCGGCCGGGCGGGCGGCGGUGCGGAGCGCGCGGUGCGGAGGAUCGCGGAGCUGGGGCGGCGCCCAGGCAGGAGGGCGAGCGGGGUCCCUGCCCGGGAGCCGGGGGAGGGCGGCCUGCGGGAGGCGCCCGGCCUGGAGCGGAGCCUGGAGCCUUCCCGGCCCGGCAGGCCCUGGGAGCCCGGGGGAGGGGAGCCCGGCGAGCCGGAGGGGACGCCGAGUGCCUUCCGGGCCCCGCUGUCCUUCCUUCCACCGCGGGGAGCGUCUGUCCCCGUUUGCUGAGCUGCAGCGCGGGGCGCCACCCCUCGAUCUGAGCCCCCCCCCGUGGGGACCCCAGGCCCCCCCGACUCUGAGCCCCUUGGGGAGCCCUCCGCCCCCGUGCAGACCUCGGAUGGAGUCUGUCCUCUGAUUCCAGCAGGUCCCCCCCCCUCUUUUCUGAACCCCAGCCAGGACUCUGUGGAUCCCCCUUGUGUGAAUGUUGGGGGGGUCCCACGGCCUCCCCGAGACGCAGAAGCGGGGCUGACCUGCCCCCCUAAACCCUCCAGAGGCGACCCGACUCCUCCCUCCCCAGACUCCGAGCCGAAAAGAAGCCAAGAGGCGCCUCCUUGCAUGCGCACGGAGAGCUCGGCGUCCUCUCCUGCGCACCCCGAAAUCUGAGCCGAGGGAGGGGGCGCGCGGAGCAGCCCCUCGGAGUCCUCCUGCCCCCAGAGCCCCCGGGCCCCCUUCUGGGCGCCUCGAUUUUGCUCCGGGUCCACGUCUCUGCUGAGUUUCUGUGGCAACGCAGGCCCUUCCCUGCUCUCGGAGGGCUCCCCAGGGUGUGUGUGUGUGUGUAGGGGGUGGGGUGGGGGGGGGUCUUGUUUUUUUCUCUUCUGAGACGCAAAGGCACCCCCAUGUGAGCUUCCGGGGAGACUCAGCGAUUCCUUGUUGUAUCGUCCCGUGGUAACAGCCCCCCCAGCGCCUGCGAGACCCCAGGGCUCCCCCCCAACCUCCACCCCCACCCGGAGCCCCAGCCCCGCCCCAGCCCGCCCGGCCCGGCCCGCCCGGCCCAGCCUUUCCCCGCGAGCCCGGCCCGGCCCGGCCCGCCGCCGGGAUGAUGAUGUGGUCCAACUUCCUGAUGCAAGAGGAGGACCGGCGGCGGGGCGCGGCCGCCAGGCGGGGCGCGGGGCAGCCGCCGGGGCUGUCGCCGGAGCGCGAGGGCAAGGUCAAGCUGGUGCUGCUGCUCACGGCCGUGGGCGCCACGCUGGCCGUGCUGGCCGUGGGCACCGAGUUCUGGGUGGAGCUCAACACCGCCAAGGCCAACGACAGCGCCGUGUGCGACGCCGCCUACCUGGGGCUCUGGAAGGUGUGCGUCAAGCGCCUGUGGCAGGAGGACGUGCCCGCGGGCCGGCGGACCUGCGGCCCCGCCCAGCUGCCCGGAGAAACCAACUGCACCUACUUUAAAUUCUUCACCACGGGGGAGAACGCUCACAUCUUCCAGAGAACCACAAAGAAAGAGAUGAACCUGGCGGCCGCGGUGAUAGCGGUUCUCGGCUUGACGGUCAUGGCUCUGGGGUGCCUCUGCAUCAUCAUGGUGCUCAGCAAAGGCGCAGAGUUCCUGGUCCGCGUGGGAGCCAUCUGCUUUGGCCUCUCAGGCCUGCUGCUCCUGGUCAGCCUGGAGGUGUUCCGGCAUUCCGUCCGAGCCCUGAUCCAGAGGGUCAGCCCCGAGCCGCCCCCGGCCCCGGCCCUGACCUACGAGUACUCCUGGUCUCUGGGCUGCGCCGUGGGGGCCAGCCUGGUCCUGCUGCUGGGGGGCAGCUGCUUCCUCCUGCUCACCCUGCCGCCCUGGCCCUGGGGCUCACUCUGUCCCAAGCAGGGGCCCAGGGCCCCCUAGAGGCACCCCUGCACUUUCUCGAAGCUCCUUGCAACCACUCCUUGGUCCUCUGUCCCCUCAGAAUCUUAUUGUUGUUGUUAAUCCUCACCCGAGGACACUUCUCCACUGACCCCUAGAGAGAGUGGAAGGGAGAGGGAGAGGCGGAGAGAAACAUCGAUGUGUGAGAGACACACGUCGAUGGGUUGCCUCCUGCAUGCACCCCGGCCGGGGCCCCGGGCCGGGGAGGAGCCUGCAACCGAGGGACAUGCCCUCGACCUGAAUCGAACCCCGGACCCUGCGGUCCUCGGGCUGAUGCUCUAUCCGCUGAGCCACACCGGCCAGGGCCCCUCAGCAUCUUUCGCCCCAAGUCCCGGAGACACUGUCCGCCUUGCUCCGGGGGUCCAGGCUGUCUGCACAGACCCGUCUCUCGCGCCCUCACCUUUUCCUCUGUACAUAUGUGUUCCUCGGUGGCUGAAUUCUGGGCCGCUUGGGGGUGGGGUGGGGAGAGGCUUUUUGCAAACGAGGGUCCCCAGUGGUGGUUGGUGGGGACCUGAUGGGGUAACUGG